AUGGUCCACAUUCAGAACUUCAGCGAGGCCAGCACGGUGCAGCCGCAUUGGGGAUAUGCGGACCGUGUGUUGCCCUGCACCAACGAUCCAGGGUCUUGCGCCUAUCUCGACGUCGUCUAUCACAGCCAUGACCUCGGCAUGUACUACACUGGCAUCAUUUGGGCAACCAUCGGCGGCAUCCUCAUCAUCUGGGCAGUCGGUCGCCAUUUUGCCAGCUCGCAACCCUCGGGCGUGCCAAUGCCAGUCGAGGCUGGCGAGCAGGUCAGACAUACCCGCAGCUCUUUUGAAAGACUGCAACGAGCUCUGCCUGCCUACGCACGACACCAUCUCCUGCCAGAUGCUGCAAGGCCCAUCUUUGGCCGUGUCACCCGCACCCAGGUCCUGACCCUCCUCGUCCUCACCGGCUAUCUCACCAUCUUCUCCUUCGUGGGCAUCGUCUACCAGAAAUGGGUCACUCCCGUCAAGAAGCUGCCCGGCGUCUACAACAUCCGCACCAGUCUUGGCCCGUGGUCUGACCGCGUCGGUGUGCUGGCCUACGCCCUCACACCUCUCUCCGUCAUGCUGUCGAGCCGGGAGUCCAUCUUGUCCCUGGUCACUGGCCUUCCCUACCAGAGCUUCAACUUCCUCCACCGAUGGCUGGGCUACAUCAUCUUUGCACAAUCGGUCCUCCACACCAUCGGCUGGUGCAUCAUUGAAAUCCGUCUCUACCAACCACAGCCAAGCGUCGGUCUAGAUUGGAUCGUUCAAACCUACAUGGUCUGGGGACUCGUCGCCAUGAUCCUUCUCACCCUACUCGUACUCCUCUCUACACCCUGGGGAAUCCGACUGACCGGCUAUGAGUUUUUCCGCAAAGCCCACUACGUGCUCGCCAUGGUAUACAUUGGCGCAUGCUGGGGCCACUGGGAGCAACUCAAGGUCUUCCUUCUCCCUGGCCUCAUUGUAUGGUUCAUCGACCGCGGCGUCAGAUUUGCGAGAACCGCAUUGAUGCAUUACAACUUCCUUCCCUCGGGCCACAUGGGUUUCCGCGCCGCAACUGCUAACAUCACCUUCUUCAAGGAUGAAACAAACGGCGACAUUGUUCGCCUUGACUUUGACCACCCGCAAGAUCCGUGGAGUGUCGGCCAGCACUUUUAUCUCAUGUUCCCCGAAAGUAGCAUCUGGCAAUCUCAUCCUUUCACUCCUCUCAGCCUACCCAUCUACGGCGCCGAUACGCAACACCACUCGUACAUCUUCCGCGCCAAAAAGGGUGAAACCAAGAAAAUUGCAGCUCUCUCCGCAAGACGCAUCGCACAGAAAGUAGAAGGCGAAGAUUCCCGCGACAACCUCAUGGCCGAUGCGAGGCUCUCUGUCGUCUUGACCGGCCCCUACGGCGAGAAAACCAUGAAGAACCUUUCGUCCAACGCAAACGUCCUUUGCGUCGCAGGUGGCACGGGAAUCACCUACGUUCUCCCUGUACUCCUGGAACUUGCCUCCCGCCCCCAGACACCAGAUCGCCACAUGUCUCUUGUGUGGGUCAUUCGUCGCAGAAGAGACAUCGACUGGGUUGCGCCUGAACUUGCUAUCUUAAAACGCAAAUGCAAGAACCUACGCACCGGAAUCCACAUCCACGUGACGCGCGCCUCGGAAGAAAUGGACCUCGCACCGCCCGCCAAGGCCGAGAAAGCGAUUGCAAAUGACUGUGCAAAGGAAAUCGAACCUGCCUCUACCAACACCUCGUCGUCCUCCGCAUCCGUCUCGUCUGCGCUCUCGGUGCACGGUGUGUCCAAGGCCGAAUUGGGCUUAAAUCACUAUCAAGCUCGUCCAGAUCUGGCCGAGGUUGUGGCACAAUUUGUCUCAGGCACGGUACAUGGACCGACGGAUGUGUUUGCCUCGGGACCUGGAGAGAUGAUUAGCGAUCUGAGACGGGUAGUAGCGAGUGUCAAUAAGGGUGGUGAGGUGAUGAAGGGUGAGGAUAGAUGGGAUGUACGAUUGACCUGUGAUGAUCGGUUGGAGUGGUAG